GUUGCUCAAGAGCUUUUAUUUGAUGUAUACACCUCAAUUUUGCCCAAAAUGAGACUUAUGUCCCUCUGGUUCUCACACCUCCUCAUGCUCUGUGUUAUCCCCUGUAUGCAUUCAAACCUUUUGUAAUACCAUGUUGUACCACAUGUGGCCGCUGUAGUCAAUACAAUCCAAGUCAAAAUGGAAGAGUGUCGUGUGCGUGGACCUAGCAGGCAAGUUCUUUGAUUUUAUGGCGAUUUGCCCGAACAUCUAAUGCCCUGGGAGCUUUUCUGGGAGGACAAAGAGGAUGGAGGGUCGAGUGAGGACGACUGGUCCUCUGAGGAGGACUGGCCAGGUCCCUCUACUGCUCCAGUCCAGGCUCCCCAACUCUCUGCAGUCCCCGCUCCAGUCCUAGCUCCCCAACGACCAGUCCCGAUUCCGGCUCCAACUCCAGUGCCGAUUCUGACCCUGGCUCCGGCUCCAGUCCCGAGUCUGGCUCCCGCUCCGGCUCCUGCUUCGGUUCCCGCUUCUGCUCCUGCUCCGGCUCCUGCUCCAGUCCCGCGUUCGACUCCGACCGGCCGUCCACCUGACCUGCCGACCCUGUCCGGCCGUCCACCCGGCCGCCCGCCUGACCCACCUGCCUUGGCCCCCUCCGCCCAAGUGUGUCUCCGCCCCUCACAUGAUCCUUUCCCCUGUAGGUCAUUGAUGUUGUUAUACGUGGUUGCUGAUAUUAAAGAUUCCUGGUUACCUCGAUCUCGCCUUUCCUCAACUUGCCCUGCUCCUCGGUCCAGCUCUCCCCUUACAGCUACCGUGACUGUUACAUUCUGUCCGGUAGGCCUAUAUAAUGAUCCAUUUCACUUCACAAAAGCCCAAGGGUUGUCCCCUACACUGACAGGGUCCUCAUACAUUGUAAGGGAGAGAGACUCAGUUGAUCUGAGCUGUGUGGUCUCUCGGUCUCCUCCUUUUUCAGACUGUAUUUUCUCCUUAGUGGAUAAAAAGGCAAAUACAUACAAAGCCCCAUCAUGCCAGCUGUCCCUCACAGGGGAAGAACUGAUGAGAUGGUCAGGCUUGGUCACAUUACCUGCUAUAAUCAGAGUCAACUGCUACACUGCUGAUAAACCAUCACAGCAAUCACAAUCUGUUUCAGUUAUUGUUCACGCACCUGCUGUUACUGCUGCUCCUCCUCCUCCUCCAUGGCCCCACCUGAAGAUCUCCCCUGCAGUCCUCAGAGAGCAGCACAGUUCAGAUGACCUGUGAAGUACCUCAGUCUCAGUCUGCGUCUCUGUGUCUCUUCUACCUGGAUGGGAUAGAAGCUGCUCCAUACAGUCACCCAUCAUGUCAAAUGUCCCUCACUGGUGUUCAGAUCCAGCAGUGGACACGUCAGAGUUCCCCUCUAGAGGCUAAAGUGGGGUGUAAUUACCUCACAGAAGGAGCAAGAACUCCAUCAAAUCACUCAGAUUAUGUUUCAUUGACUGUUUUGGGUGAGAAUUCUAGCAUUCUAGUCAGUCUAGUGUUUGGAAAUGUGUCAAUGAGCAUUAUGUGUGGACUCAAGUAGAUCUAAUAAUUGUCUGGUCUCAACACAGACAGACUGCAGAAGCCAAACAUAAUGGUCCUUCAUGAUGGUGUCAUCUCCAUUGUCUGUGACAUACCCAAGCAUUUUGGUGAGGCCACCCACUGCCAGCUUUACACUGGAGAUGAACGCCAGUCUUAUUUAAAAACAAAGACAUCAAAGAGUGCAUCUGGAGACCUGUCCUGCCAGUUUACUGUGAACAAAGAUGAUUUAUUCGGACGUCUGCAGUCAGUGAGAAGCAGAGGGGUGAGCUGUGAUUAUACAGUGAACACAAAACCUCCAUUACUCUCUCCACGCAGUGACCCUUACAACUUUACAGGUCAGAUAUCACACAUGUUAAAAGUUAAAUUAAAAAGCCCAUUCCAUGUCUCUCACUGAUCAUUGAUUUCAGUCCAAAUGAACAUGAUUACUUUUAAUAAUGUAAACUUUAGAUCUGAUGACUUGAGAUGACUAGCCUGAUAAAAACCAAACUCAAUCACUUUGUGAACAAAGUCUGGACACUCAAGAUUGCGAAACCUUUCCAACACUAGCAUGGUGACAGGCCAGAUAUUGUGUUAACUUUGAACUCAUUGGUCCAUCCUAACUAGGCACAUUGAUCAGGGAUUCCUGAUUACUUCCUACUAAACUUUACAAACUGACAAUAAACCGCAUCGGCAAACAGGAAACCAUGUAUGUGAACCUACCUUUGCUGUAAAGAAACGAACACAUUUUUACGAUUAACCACAAAUUUCAAAAUUAUAGCGUCAUCCCCUCUCGUCUCUGAUUGGGCAGGUAGGCUAAUCUGCUGACCGAUGGAAAUGCUAGUAAACUAUAGUGUUCCAGACUAGUAUCUCCCUGAAAGGAGACUUUGGUGGGUGUGGCCAGACAG